GGCGGACGCGUCCCGGGCCGGUUGGUGCUAGAGACGGCGGUGCUGCGGGGAUGGAGCCGCGCUCUGUGGGCUCUGGGAGCUGCCGGCUCGGGGCCUUCCGCCUCCGUUCGUUUUAUACGGGAGAAGAUGAGAUUGUGACAGGCGGCUCUUCUGCCACUACCCCUUUUUUUUUUUUUCUUUUCCUUUCUGAUUCCUUAAAAGUAAAUGGGACGCGGAUGUGUGCUGUUAGUCCUGUCACGCUGUUCUACGGCCGCAAUUCCUGAAGAGAUACCAACAAAUGGAACACAAAUUGACCUAAGCUUACAUCAGGCUGGUGACAUCCAAAAAAACAGGCACAAGAGGUUGUAAACUUAAAGAGGGAAUAUGGGUGAAAAGAAGCCAGAACCUUUGGACUUUGUAAAAGAUUUUCAGGAAUACCUUACACAGCAGACUCACCAUGUGAAUAUGAUUUCUGGAUCUGUUAGUGGAGACAAGGAAGCAGAGACUCUUCAGGGAGCUGGGACUGAAGGUGAUCAGAAUGGGCUGGAUCAUCCUUCUGUUGAAGUUUCACUGGAUGAAAACUCAGGAAUGUUAGUGGAUGGAUUUGAAAGGACAUUUGAUGGAAAAUUGAAGUGUCGCUACUGCAACUAUGCCAGCAAAGGAACAGCAAGGCUGAUAGAGCAUAUCAGAAUUCAUACAGGUGAGAAGCCACACAGAUGCCAUUUGUGUCCCUUUGCAUCCGCUUACGAACGUCAUCUGGAAGCUCACAUGCGAUCACAUACUGGUGAAAAACCAUACAAAUGUGAAUUGUGUUCCUUCCGCUGCAGUGACAGAAGCAACUUAUCUCACCACCGGAGGCGUAAACAUAAAAUGGUGCCUAUCAAGGGUACGAGGUCUUCCCUGAGUAGCAAGAAAAUGUGGGGGGUUCUGCAGAAGAAGACCAGCAACUUGGGGUACAGCAGAAGAGCGUUAAUUAAUUUGAGUCCACCUUCCAUGGUGGUUCACAAACCAGACUACCUGAAUGAUUUCACUCACGAAAUCCCAAAUAUCCAGACUGAAGCUUAUGAGAGCAUGACUAAGUCAUCCCAGACCGGUGGGUUGCCAAGAGAUCCACAAGACCUCAUGGUCGAUAAUCCUUUAAACCAGCUAUCUACGUUAGCUGGACAGUUAUCUAGCUUGCCACCUGAAAACCAAAAUGAGAGAGGAUGCUCUCCUGAUGUUGUUACCUGCCAAGAUGAAAAGCCUUUCAUGAUGCAGCAGCCUGCUACGCCCGCUGUAGUUUCCUCUGUGUCAGCAAGUAUUGCUCAGAGUUCAUCUCCAACCAGCCCAGAUCCUCGGCCUGCACACAACCAAAGGAACUACAGCCCGGUGGCGGGGCCCAGCAGCGACCGCAGCGCCCACACCAGUACUCCCAGCAUAAGUAACAGCCAGCCAAGCACUCCAGCCCCCACCCUUCCUGUUCAGGACCCCCAGCUUCUGCAUCACUGCCAGCACUGUGACAUGUAUUUUGCGGACAAUAUCCUUUAUACCAUUCACAUGGGAUGUCAUGGGUUUGAGAAUCCUUUUCAGUGCAACAUAUGUGGGUGCAAGUGUAAAAACAAGUAUGACUUUGCUUGCCAUUUUGCCAGAGGUCAACAUAGCCAACAUUGAGAACAUGCUUUUGUUUAGUUUUUUAACAUAUUGCAAUAUAUUUUUCAUACUUCCUGAAGGAAAGCUUGCACAUUCCCAUAAGGAAAAUUUGCGUUAAACUAUUGGACAAAGGAGGCAAAUUUAUUUCUAUGUUGUCAUGAAACUUGCCAGGGAAAUUUUGUAUAAGAUGUGGUUGUUUUAUAUGUAGCCUUUAAAAGGAGGGGAAAAAAAAAAAAGAGAAAUCAACCCACUGAAAGUAUUAUAAAAAUUGGAAUUUAUUAGGAUGUUUUGGUUGCGAAAUUUCAGUUGCUUGCUCUUAAAAUGCCCAUAAACAUUACAGAUGUAGAAACAGUGUCCUGAACGUCGAAUACAAUCAUCCAGUUUGUUAGAUAGGAUAAAAUAUGUUAAGCAUAAACUAUGAAAGGUGUCUGCAGAGACAGAUGUGGUUGCUUUGGAGACGUAUCCUUAAAAACAUAGCUACUAUCAAAGUUAAAACACAAACAGAAGCCACUUUCACAUACAAAUUGAAUUUGACUUUAAAGCUCACUUUCAUCUGAUGAGAUUAAUAUGUUUUUGCUUAGUAUAACCCAAACUCAAAACACUAAUUUAACUAUUAUUGUUAAGGUUCACCAUGAAACUAGAAGAUAAAAGGUUAUUGUGAGUGAAACUCUGGUAGGGAAAUAAAGUUAAGAGCCAAUUAUUCACUGCUUAUAAAAAGAAGGAAUACACUUGACACCUUAUUUGAAACUGCAAAGUACACUUAGCAAAAUUGUAUCCAUGUUAAAAGGAGGCAAUUCUUGUCGUACUAGCACAGAUCAGUGUUAACUGCCUUAAAUCAAUUUGUACACAUCUUUAAAAUUUGCACAACUAGACUUCUAUCUGGCUGAUGGAAGUUCUAAUAGAAACAAGAGGUUUAUGAGCUAAAACUAUUUAAUACUCGGUUUUAUCUUGGGCCAAGCGACAGCUGGUAGGUUGCCUUUCUGUUUGAAAGCUGUGUAAUCACGUUUAUUGUAAGCUUUGGCUAACCUGGAAGUCAGUUUGUCUGGCAUCCAUCCCCAACAUUUGUUGUGCUGGAAGUGCAGAGAAGAGCUGAGGGUGUGUUUGUGGUGGGGUUGGGUUUGUUUUGUUGGUUUUUUUUUUAAGUAUUCAUGUAGUAGGCAGGCAAUGAAGCACUGGCUGGCUACAUUAAAUUCAUUGUGAUUAAUAGCAUACGUGCACAAGGAUGUACAUGAAGUCCAUUGCACAUGUUUAUUUAAUCCUUUACAUGUUACUUUAGAAGCACCUAGACUAAUGGACAGGCACUUUAGUAGGAACUUAUAUGAAACAUCUUAAUAGAACUAAUAAAAGCUCUUGAUGUGUUACACAGUAAUUUGUAAUGCUUCAAAAAUUGAAGAACCAUUACUUUUACCAUACUUAGAUAUGCACUUUUAUCUUAGUUUGUCUUACUGGAGACAAAUUAAAGCUUCCUUUAUAUGUAUUCCCCCUUUCCUAUCAGCAAAAUAUGGCAGAAAAUGUUUUGUCAAAAGUAGGAGGAUUUUGUUCAUGUUCUGGAAAUCAGUGUCUGCAAUCUGAAUAGUGACUGUUUGGUUAUUCAGAUCUGUAUUGCCACGGGAGCUAAAGCUUACAAGGACUUCUGUUUAAGAAGAAUACGCAGGGAAAAAGAACCUGAAAUUUUGGCACCAGAGGUGAUUUUCACUUGAAUGAAUUAGAAAUUUAGGAACUGAAAACACUUCCCUAAUUCAUCUACUGUUUUGGUUUCAGGCUUGGUUUCAAAUGCAUUUUAGUGAGUUGGUAUAACUGAGAAUAUGAUUUCCAUUUUUCAUACGGCACUCAUUAUAAUCCUCUGAUAUCCCUUUCUCACUUUAUAAUUGAAAUCUCAGAAGUAAAACAGCAGCUCUUUGCAUGAUCUGCAUGCAGAGGAUCAGGAGCAACCCACCUGUGUGUCCUUUUGUAUUUUAAAGGCUGCGGUAAUGUUGACUGAACUGGAAUCUACAUGGAAGGUAUUGCUCCUGUACAGGUUGUGUGACAUGGCCUUUCCAGUCAAAGAACAGUACCAAGGUGACACACAGAGGUGGCUCAAUUAUAUAUAAAUAUAUAUAUAUAUAAAAAUUAUUAGAACCACAAAUAUUAAAGACCAUUACAAUUACUAAUCUUUUUCUUACCUUUUGAUACAUGGUGCAGACUAAUUGCUAGGCUCCGGCUGCUGCAAGGAGACUUCCCAGAUUGCAUUGCUAUAAGGAAUACCCUCCAGCUGUGAGUUAUUAGGUUACAACAGCUGACUUUGGUUUGUGGCUCCAGUUUUUGAUACCAGAAGGAUUGCUGUGGUUGUGUUCUGUUCUUUAUGUUUUGCAUCCAUUCCGACGUUCUUCAGCAGUGCCUAUAAGCAGUAUGGACUUCCUGUCUAGUGCAAUGACUUCUGAACCAUAAUUCCCCUGCAUGUAACUUCAGGUAGAGCAGUGAGGUCGCUAUGAGAAGUAGCUGGUAGCAAGAGGGAGCCUGCAUGACCUUACUGAAAGGGGCCCUAUGUAAUACAGUGUUCUGUUGUGCCAAACAGUUCCCUGACUAUAAGUAGCUCCUUCUGACUACUGAGUAGGUUUGGAAGGUGUAUUUUCCUGUUGGUUUUGUUGUACAUAUUGUUUACUAUAAUUUAAAGAACAGAACUAAUACUGGAAAAUGGAUGAUGAUCCUGACAAUUGCCAUGCACAAGCAGGCCUUACUCGUUCAGUCAGCGAGGGAUUCCCUUAGGAACCAUGGGGUCAAGACCUUGGUUCGUGGGGCCUUUCCACAUUGGCUUCUCCAUGUGCUGCACUGCACUGGCUUUUCUUUAUGAAAACAAACCUUUCUAUUGCAAGGUGGUAAUGAACAUCUGACCUCGUAUUCACAGGGAAGUUUGGGAACGAGCUGAUCUAUUUUUUUCCCCAUACCUUGACUCUGGUAACUUCUGUAGUUGCAAAACAUUAAGUUAAUGGUUUUCUUUUGUUUGUUUGUUUGUAUUGUGAUAGAUUAUUUUACAGAUUUGUUGAUAAUUUGAACAUGCAUUAUUUAUAGCACUCUUAAUACAGACUCAGUACUUUUGAGAGGUAUUCCAGCAAGAGUGAAGAUCUUGGUAGAUCAUCUGUUAAUACUUAAGCCAACUGUAAAACAGCUAACAGAGAGUAGUAAUAGUUGGUUUGUCACAGAUACAGUGUUUAGAUAAAAGUCAGUUUUGACAUCAAACUUCAAUUGGCAUUUUAACAUAAAGAUGCGUGCCAUUGUUUCCUAGCACAAUGAUCUGUUGUAUUUCUGUUCCAGGAUGUUUUGGGGGUUUGCUUGUUUGCUUUUUGUUUCUUUGGACGAUGGGAAUGUAAUUUAGAAGUUUUCACUGGCAAGUUUUCUAUUAAUUUUCAGCUUCUUUGAAAAUCUACAGCAAAUGGAUGUUUUGGUGCAGGAAAAUAUAUACCCUGCUGAAGCAUUUUUCAUUGAGCAAUCUUUGUGUAUGUGCUUCUAAGUACCUGCUUUGUUAAUAAUAUGUAUUUCAAUGUAAAGAGCAUAUUUUGUAUGCAAAAAUGAAAUCCAUUAGAACUGUAAACUAAAUUUUACUGUGUAGUGGAUGUUUUCAGAAGACAGGGUUAAUUCUAAAAUAACUCGGCUAUAUCUAGUGUAGUUCAUGUUGUGGAGCUUUGCUUUUGUAAGGUAAGAAUAAAAUAAUACUUUCUAAUUAA